CUGUGAAGGAAGAAGACGCCGGAUGCGAGGAGGAGUCUCACCUCCGUCCGCCUUAGAGCCACCCGUGGCGACUUUGGGGCGGACCACGCUGGCAAACCAUGGAUCAACCCGGCGGUGCCCGAGACCGCCUGCUAGGCAUGAUCGUGCUCUCAAGCAUCACUUUCCUCGUGCUGAGCAUCACGCCUCCUCUGCGCUUCCUCGUCGGAUUCGUCUCGAAUGCCAUCUUCGCCGGCAUCGUGGGCUUCCAGCUGGCCGAGCUCAUGGACCGCCGGUACCGCCAAGAGGUCCGGCUCAAGCAUCCGACCGUCUUCGUCAGCGGCUGCGACAGCGGGCUGGGGCUGCACACUGCCCGGCGUCUCCAUGAGCACGGCUUCGAGGUGUACGCCGGCUGUCUGGACCCCGCCUCGGACGGGGCGACUGUCCUCAAGGAGAUGCGGGUCAACGUGGUGGCCCUCGACUACAUGGAGGAGGACAGCAUCGUGCAGGCAUACAAGACGGUGGCCGCACAGCUCGGCGAUAAAGAGCUGUGGGGAAUCGUGGCCAACGCGGGCGUGACCAACUACGGCGAGCUGGAGUGGAUGUCGUUCGACGAGCUGCGCUGGCUUGUCGCCGUUAACGUCACCGGCACCAUGCGCUUCGUCAAGGAGGGCAUCGCGCUGCUCAGGAAGAGCAAAGGCCGCAUCGUCAUCAUGUCCAGCGUGCACGGCCGUAUGUCCAUACCCGGAUCUGUGGGGACGUCCGCCGCGGCCGCGGCGCUGUGCUCGCUCGCCGACGGCCUGCGGCGUGAGCUGUACAAGUGGCAAGUGAACGUGUCCACAGUGGAGCCCAUGCUGUACAAGACCAGGAUCACGGACCCUGAAAAUGUGAAGAUUGGCAUCAACGAGGUCAUCAACAGAAUGAACCCCACCAUGAAGGAAGCGUACGGCCAACUGUACCUGGACACGUUCAAGAACAUGAUUCCCAAGCGCAUGCAGAAGUACAUGCACGUCAACCUCAACGACGUGUCCAAGGCAGUCCACUGCGCCCUGACAGAUCCGAUCCCGAAGGCGCGGUACCGGUGUGGCAGCACGGACUUGGCGUUGUGCAGCCUCUUCGAGCUGCUGCCCAUCGAGAUGCUCGACAGCGUGCUCAUCAAUGCGUUCCAGCCGAGGUCCAAGGCGCGGGGACAGUUGAUGGUGCCCCCUAAAGCAACCGUGGACUUGUCCAAGACAGAGUGAAUGCACCACGGACGCGCCACCACGUGUUCGAAGUGGCGAGAAUAAAUUGUCCACUCUUGGC